AUGAAAUUUAAUCCAUCUAACAUAUUACUUACAACAUUAUUUGCCUCUGCGUUCGCUAGGCAAGACACGGGAUCUCUUGAUUCUGAUGAUACAACGACGAACAAUGAAGAUUCAAACUUUGAAGUCAAUUCUCUUGAAGCGGGCCAAAGCUCUUUACCUAUCACAACUGAUGAGUCUACUGCCGCUACUAUAAGAACACAAGUUGCAAACUCUCAAUUGGUCCAAACAACGAAUGUCAUAAAUACGAAUGGUAAAGUGAACGCAGGUUCUUAUGCCGUUGGUCCAAGUACAACCAUUAUAACCACUGAUGAACAAGGCCAAACCACUACUAAACUUCUCUGGUGGAUCCCUGAAACUACCGCACCAGUAUCCUCAGUUGCAACUAUUGGCGUAAGUAAUACAAAGCAUAGUUCCCAGAUUACUAGCAAAGCUUCCCGUACUACAAAUAUUUUAGCAUCUUCCACUUCAACGAGGAACCCAGAUGAUGCAUUAACCACAGUGACCGGUGUCAAUUCUUUAGGAGAAACUUAUACGUCAAAGAUAUGGUGGUUACCAAGUACAGCAACAGCAACUUCAAUUGGAAGUGAAACUGAAACCGAAGAAACUAAUAAAAUAAUAACGAGUUAUUCAAAAAGUUUAUACCUAACUACCUCAGGAUCAAAAGUGGAGACUUUGACGACUAGUUUUGCCACGACUUUUCUAAAGAAGGAGUUGACCAGCAGCAGUAGUGGUAGUAGACGUUCUACGAAUGCUACGAUCGCGUCGGAGAAUGGUGGCUACAAGAAUAUUGAUGAAUAUAGAUAUCAAGGUCUUGCCUUAGCUUUCGUGGCAUUGUUUCUUUAG